UUUAUAGAACCAGAGGACGAGCACGUGGGUAUUGAUGCUUCCAAUCAACAAUCUCAACAUGAAAGUAAGUGAAAGAGGGCGUCAAGGGAGACGCAAACACAAGACGCAAAUAAACAGACUCCUAAAACAUUGGUGUGAUUUACUGAGUCAACGUGCAUUUAUUUCGUUUAUUCAAAGUUUAUUCCUUCCCCGAAGACUGUUCAUCACACGAGGAACGAGGGCUACAUUGAGAGGGUGGUGAAAUUCAAACUUACUUCUUUUGUCGGUGGUUUUUUAAAUUGAAAAAUGUCCAUACUUGUGAAUCAUUCUUGUGUGUGUCUGAUUGUUUUACAGAGAUAGAGAAGGAUCUGGAUGAUGUUCUGCGUGUGGGUGAUUUCGAUGCGAUUGAUCAAACAGUGACUCCAAAAACCCUGGCAAGGUGUAAAACUAACACCUUAAUCAAAUCUUUCCAGGUUGGUCUUUUAACUUCAUCUUUACCUAUUUUACCGGCAUAAUUUACUCAGGGCUGUUUAGCCAGACCAAGUGACAAAAGUGAUCCUAAUCACAUAGAUUUUGUUUCACUUCUCCAUAUGAUUAGCUCGUCAUGCGCAUACCGCUCUCUCUACUAAUUAGCGUCAAAACUACAACCAAUUGUUUCUUGUUCACUGUCUGAGAGUGUACUUGUAACCUUGAAGUAUCACUGACUUGCAGUUAUAUCUUGUUUUCUUUCUCAUUGGUCAUCGAGGUUUCAGUGUACUAAUUUGCAAAGGACAAUUGAAAAACUCUCCCGCCUUGUUCAACAACUGGAGGCUAACAAGAAAUCAGAAACAAUAUUAUUGAUUUUUACGAGCCAUUUGAUGAAAACGAAGUCUUCAUUUCUUUUUAAACUCAGGUCAACAAAGCACUGCGAGAUUUAGCAGAUGGUGCAAACCCGGAGAAAGACGAUAUAGAACAUCUUGAAAAAUCUAUGUGCGAGUUCACAGCAGCCUUGAUAGAUCCUCUUAAAGCCGACGCCGAUACCAGAAAUACAUUUCAAAGUUGUUUUGAUGAUGUGGUGGACAAGGCAAUUGACACGAAGCAGAAGAAGGUACUACACGAGUGUUAAAAAGGUUUCCAAUCAAUACUUUAUUAAGACGAUUCUAGUGGAAUGCUGUCGCCCAUCUGAACACACAGGUGCCCUUACCUUUACGUGCUAUAUACGUAAGGAAAGAAUAGAGACAGCAAUGUCCCCACCAAUAACCACCGGUAAGGAGGCUUUGUGUGAUAUUGCAAAGGGAAUAUAUAUUUUAAGAUUUAUGCACACAAUAUUACGGUAUACUUAGUGCCAAUUCAAUGUACAAGACGUCGUUUUUUAUGUCUUUCCAUUUUUUUUUUUUUACAAAGAAGCAAUUAAUCAAUUUCCAGUGAAAGAAAGUUAUAUUCUGGUGAAUUUACUGAAUGAUGUAACGCCAAACUGAAUGAUUUGAAGACACUGAACAUAACCACAGCUGGGUGCUAUAGCUGAUCCGGCCAGAAAUUAGUUUUCGGCUUAAAUUGUAUCAGUAAUUUCUAAGAAAUCUUUCACACCCUUGCUUUAGCAGUUCUAUUCUGUUGUAGAUCACAGUCGUGAAGUCAAAAUGUGGCAAGAGCAAAGAGGUGGCACAUGACGCGCGGCCGGGUGUAUCACUGAUAUGUCGCGAAAAUUGUUUUGAAUUAAAUGAAGCCAAACUUUGUUAAUGAUGACUUCCCCUAUGAGGCUCUCUGAUAAGUAAUAAGCAAAAACUAGUCCAAAUUCAGCUCAUUGCGUAAAAUAAUGUAUCGACGAUUUUUUUCGCAGUUCAUCUCUCACCCAGUGGUGUAUAACUUGCUCAACUCCAGAUGGUACCAAUCCUAUUUUCACGUAAGAAAAGAAUCAUGGCGGACACCUCAACGCUGGGGAUACUUUUUUCUCAACCUCUGGACAGUGUUUGACAUCGUCUUUUUCCCCUUUCUCUUUGUUAUUUUCUUCGUCGUGCAUUUAAUAAAACAGGCCUUGAGGAGAAAAAAAGAGGUUUGUAAUUUAGCAUUACAUGGUAAUGCGUCUUUAGCAAGCUCUUAGGUAUUCAAGAGGUUUGAACCUGGAGGAGGAGAGGGGGAGGCGCGGAGGGUGAUGGUUUUUUGUAUUUUAUUCCUAACUCCAUAAACCUAGGUUACCAUGCAAGCUGAGUCCUCUCAACUUAAACAAUACAGGAGUCCUGGCUAAAACUAUGCGUGAGGUGCGGGUCACGUGUUUCUUUCCCGACGCGUGAAACGCGCUUCGUGCUUGCCUCGUGCUUGCCACCAUUCGCCUGAAAAAGACCAAAAAAAUACGCCUGUUCUACAGGCUACAUCGUUCAAGGAGUGUUCACAGGCCUGGUAUUUGUUCCCACCUGAUCAUAAAAGUCUUAAGAGUGGUUGAGAUCGUUCUAAACAAGUCUUGAGAUAAGAUACGAGUAGCUACUGGAGAGUUGUUGUGGUGCAUGGUAUCAGUUGUUAAAACUUUCCUUUAUUGAUCAGUGGUUUAUUCGUUUAGCUUAUGAUGCUUUCCUUGAUAAUUUUUCAGAAACUGAAAUAUGUUUUGUUUUGACACUGGGCAAAGAUAGCUCAAAAGAAGAAUUUGAUCUGAUUAAAAGGACAAUAAACUACAUUGUUCGUGAAUAUGGCUGCCACUUUGCCAAAUACUGUGUUGUUUUACAUGAAGACCACAAAAUGAUCGGUAACAUCAACUUUAAAGAGAGGUGCUCUACUGAGGCUGAACUUCGAGCGAGGAUUGACGCGUUACAGCUGCCAAGCUCUACCAGUUCACUCUGUGAAGAUCUUAUGGCCACCCGAAGUGCAUUCACAAACCAAACACAUAGGAAGGAGGCCAGAAAGGUGAGGUAUACGUGCGCGCAACCGUUUUCUGAAGCGCUGCCGAGUUUUGUCACUUAACUAGUUCCCAUGGGCUCAUUUUGCAGUCAUGAGCUGGCUAUCAGGCCUUGGCAAAUUAUACUUACCAAUUCGUAUUCAGUAUUGAUUGAUUUUGACGACCGCACGCUACAGUUGAUUUAUGUUUAAAACAUAAACACAAAUCAUGUUUUUGUUAGUGUCAUGGCUCAUAGGCCGGCCUCUUGCAUUUGCCCUCUUGCCGGAGAACUCAGGCUUUCCCUUCUUGCUUCAAGCUUUUAAACUCGCUGUCACGAAUAAUCGAGCGUCUAUGCUCUUUCUCUAUUAGAUAUCAGCAUGAGAAAACAUGUCCCACUAUUUUCCCUUGAUAUAGGUAAAAAGCAAUAACCAUUUCACGAUUGCUAUCGGCUCGUGAUCUUCCCGCCUUUCUUAAGAACUAUUGCGUAAAACUCCUCGGGAAUUUUGUUCAGGACCUCCGGUACGUCCCUUUUAAAUAAUUUGUUUUUUAAGUCCCAAAAGUUUCAGACUUUUAGCCGGAUGUUUGUGCUUUUUGGGGUAUCUUUUCUCUUAGUAUUCUCCCGUAAACUCUGAACCAAAACGUGGUUACUCUCCCCUGACUUGUCCGCGGUUUUGUUCUGCUGUGCUUUCGCGACUCUCUUGUCAAUCGAUUUAAUUUCAACUUUCUGCAAUCCAUUUCACUUUUUGCAUUCAGUUUCAACUCUCUACACAGUUUGGGAUUAACUGACGCCUUCUCAGCCAAUCAGCAUGCUGAAAUUUUGUGCAUACAUAUUAAUGAUUUAGUUCUUUAUCUUAUCUGGCAUUUCAUGUACAUAACAGCUACAGUUAUCAGUUGUGUGAACAGAUUAAACGGCGAGAUAAACAAAACUAUUAUAACUCAUGCAAUAGAUCCAUUAAGAUACUCACAAGCACAUCAAUAAUAUUUUUGCGAAUCCAAUCCUUGUUGCUGAAAGUGUAAAUUUUUUUUUAUUGAAAAAUUCAAGCAGCUCUUUUAUCAGAAGGCCAUUGUUGUUCAAGAUUGAUAAGUUUGGGCUCAUAUUUGAUAAGACUUGUAAAUUUGUUUUUGAGAAUCAAAUGGAAUAAAUAUCACCUUAUUUUUAAUUUUAUGUUUAUAUUAGGCGGUCGUUCUCUUUCUUAAUGACUCGUUACGCAUGGUUAAUGCUAACAUUGAGAGACUACCGCCCCUAAAGGAGAUAAAGGAUAUGCAAGUUAACAUCUUUCCCGUCGGUAUCGGGGAGUACGCCAAAUUAUCAGAGUUAAAUAAGAUGGCAACUAAAGAUUGCACAGCACGUCACUUUGGAGAAUACGAGUCACACGAGACGUUGGGGACAGCUGUCACACAAGGUAACAUGGGGAGGUUUAAAAUUUCGGUAUAAAAAAAACCCUCCUUACAAUGAUUAUUCUCCUAUUUGGUUUGGGAAAAAAUAAGAAAGCAUUGCAUGCAGUUGUUACGAUUUGAAUUGAGGAAGGUUUUUAACGGUGCUAUAUUUUUAAAAGCUUUUACUUUUCUCCCCACUUCUCGGAAGUGUGACUGGCUUUAUAAUUGAUAUGUUUUACUUUCUUACAGGUAUCGAGGGAAAGAACAUCUAUGGUGAGGACGAGCUAUUUUUGGUAGCUAGAUUUCCAGACCGUUAAACUUUUUUUUUUUUUUUUAAUAAUUUUCGCUAGACCGCCAGUGCUUCCAGAGUUUUCUUUUGAUGGUCUCCAUUCUAAGCUAGCGUCUCAAUCAUUGUCCUACCGAGUAUAACUAUGAUUAUUAUGAUGCCUUCCAGAGAAAUACAAGGAUUACUUUACGACUCCUUAUUUCGUCUUUUUCCGCGACACGCUGAGCUAUCUCAUCCUCCUCGUUCUGCACUUCGCCAUUUGCCUGUCCCCUUCAGCUAUUGCGUUCAGUCGACUAGAAUGGGCCAUUUCAGUUUUCUUCCUGGGACGCGUUUUGAUGGAGGUGGAUCAGUUUAUUAGUACUGAAAAGGCUGGUAUGAAAGAACGUAUGCUGUGGAGGAGGAAAAGGGAUGGCUCCAGCUACCAAGUAUGUUCACAUGAGGGUCAACAAGAGACAAAUGAGGCAGAAGAAGACAAUAUCAUGCUAAAGAACCUUAAUAAUUAUUUUAGGUAUUUCAACUUUCUAUUGUCUGUUUGUUAGUGACAAUAGUAGAUUCUCAUUCAUGUUGGGGGCAUGAUCAGCUAGGAAGGAUGGGGAAAAAGAGUUAACAGCUUGAAGAAGGUAACAAAAUGAGUCACUGUUCUCUGCCUGGUACACUGGUAAUUUUUUUAGAGCUGUAUCAUUAGUCAUGAGGUGACAUUGUUCACUGCCUGGGUUCAUUGAUAGCAACCGGUGUUUAUUGUUUUAGUACACCGUUAAUUAGCUCGUACCCUUUGUAACAAAAAAUAGUGGAACAUGUAACUGAUUAUCUUGCUUUAUAAUUAUGCAAGAUCUAGCUGUUCACGGAUUACAUCAAAUAAAUGGUCUUCUAGUACUGAUAUCUACUACUUUUUUAGUGACCGUUGGAAUGUGCUUGACUUCAUCAUUCUUGUUUUCUACCUGAUUACCUUCAUACUACGCAUAAUUACAUGGAGGAACUCCACGGACGUGUCAGAAAACUCACUCUUGGCUGUCUCAGAGUAUUUCUAUGGAUUUAUCGCCAUGUUUCUCACACUGAGAGCCUUUGGUCAAGUCAUAGAGCGCGUGCGGGGAAUGGGUGCAAUACAAAUCGCUUUGUUCUUUGUUAUCUGGGAUGUAAUGGCGAUAUUUUGGCAGUUUUUGGCCAUGAUUCUGGCAUUUUCCCUGGCUAUGACCAAGAUAUAUGUUGCUGAGAAGGCCUAUACCUUAGGAAAAGAUUCCGCGAAGGAUUUGUGAGUACAUAGUGCGAUCUUUCUAAAGUAUCGAAACCGUGAGUGACAGAUUCUAACUUGCUGGGCUCAUUCAUUUGUUACUCUUUUGUAGUAGUGGGGUGGAAGAGUUUUCCUUUUACAUUAUGGAGGGGGACCUCAUGUAUGUCUAGGCACCCAAUGUAGGAAACAGUGGGCUAAAAGCUAAUCAAGUGAGAUUUAGCUUUUUGGAUGGAAAGCCUGACAGGAGGGUAAAACUACUCAGAUCAGAAUGUCAAACGUUGCAUGAAAGGCCGAUUUUUUACAGUCUUUAUGAAUACUCACACAGGCCUCAAUAAAUAAGUCACUUCGUCGCGCCACUAAUACAAAAGGUUUGAAAUCAAAUUAUGAUAGCCUGAUACCCAUUAAUCAUUGCUGGGUCAGUCGUAGUCAUGAAUUGUGGAGUCAGUGACUUGCUAUACACCGUGAAUUUUUGUGUUACGGGAGGUAUAAGUUCAGGAAUGUUAGUUAACAAUUUCUCUGGAAAAACACAACUGUGUAAAAUAAAAUUCGGAGGGGGGGGGGAGUGGUUAUGUAACUUUGACAAUUUCUGUUGGUUAAACCGUAAACCAUGACAACAGUUUCUUUAACCAUUCAUUUUCUCCUAUCAUUUUUAGGGCAUGCAGUGAUUCCGGGCUAAUUUGGUAAGAAUAAAAUUGUUGUUUUUUUCUACUCUAAUUUUAACUUUGUACUCUGAUGUCUAAAAUAUACCAGGUUACACGAAAUUUUUGCUAACCUUGAAUUUCGCGCUUUCAAUAUGCCGCGAUUAUUUUAAAAAGUUUCAAGCGUGAAAUUCUAUACCUGAGGGGUCGGAAAGGCUAAUUAAGGUCUCCCGAGAGGAAAAGAAGUGAGAAAAAAUCAUUCUGAUGUGUUGAAAUAAGUACUGAUGUUCAACACUGAGCUUUAUCAGCUUCAUCAUGAAAAUUUGCAGGAAAGACACUCUUUCCUUUCAUGGCAGCAUAUUUACUAGAACAAGAAGCAGAGCUGCGAGUGAAGAAACCCUCUUUGCCCCCCAUUCCUCUUUCGGCUUCGCGUCCGAUUAAUUAACGCUACUUCGCCUCUUAAACCUACAAAAAGGCCGACGCAGCUAUUAGUUUACCUUCUUAAGAGGUACCUUACGGUUUCACCUUCUGGAAAAAUCCAGACUUCAUCGUUGCUAUUUCUUUUUACCACAGGUAUCCCUCAGGUUUAAGGUUAUCUUGUGAUAUUUUGGAUACCAACACUUAAAUGUGUUGGUGUUUGACUUAAUUGAGCUGACCAGGAAUCUUGAAAGCAAAUUUUGAAAUCGAUGAUCCACGUAGGAGUAGUGACACGAUGGCCUCCAGGACACAGACGUUUAAAAACAUUUAUGGCGGUCAUAACAAUCUCAAUUUCAAAAAUUCAAUGGUGUUUUGAUCUAACUCGUUGCUUAUGUUCUUCAGUUGGUGGAACAUGGCGACACACCUUGGUUGGUCUUUAUUGGGUUUAGCUGACCUGGAUAGGUUGAACUCCGUCGACGAUUCAUCCGUUUCUCUUAUUCAUGUGCUGUACAGCUUCUUCUUAAUCAUGGCAGUUAUUCUUCUCGUGAACAUGAUGAUUGCGUUGCUCUCAAACACCUAUCAGCAGGUUCAGGUACUUAACAGUCUCUCUGCCUUCGCCGAUGUAUAUUAAUUCUGUUCAUAAUCCAGAGUUAAGAAAAUAUGAGAAGUUCUCGACUGUAAACUCGGUAGGAAGUUUUUGGCGUAAGAUACAAAAUACAUUUUUCGCAAAGUUCAAAAGAUUCUAUGAUCAUUUAUAAAUGUACUUUUAGCCGACUGACGCUUUAGACGAAAAUGAUGGUGAAUAUUGUCCCUCUGGUAUGAUAUGCCAAAAUAUUCUUCAGCUAUAGGAGUGUCGCCUCUUGUUUUUAUUAACUGGUACUUCCUUAGAAGCUGUUAAGUCCCUCGCAUUCCUCUAUUAUCAGGAUAAUUCACUGCAGGAGUGGUCUUUCAAGAGAGCCAUUACUGUAAGAACUUACAGCACCUAUCAUCCGAUACCAGUGCCCUUCAACCUUUUGUCUGUCCCCCUGAUAGCACUCUGGAACCUAUGUUGGCGCGACACUUCUGCUUCGCUCAAGGGCGGACGGGUAAGCUGCGGCCUUGCCAAUUAGUUUUGUGAGUUUUAACAAGCUGCUGUUGUUUAAAGUUAUCGUUCACGUCUGCUCAGUGAUUUUACUUCACUUUCGAUGUGGCCUUCUUUGAUUCGACAGAGAGUAGCUCUGAAUAAAGUGGUGAAGAAACUAGAAAGGAUGUACUUCGAGAAAUACGGUUAUGAAUUUCCCCUCACAGGUGGGUGAUAUGCUAGAUUAGUAGAUAGCCCCAGAAAUCUAUGAUAUGAUCAUAAAAAAGAAUAUGGCGGAAAGAGAUGUUUUUCUACUAAACCUUGCUUCGCUAUGAUCAAAGUAAUAGUUCUAAAGAAGUUUAUACCAUGACAGACAAGAAAUAAAAAAUCACAAAUUAAGAAUUCCAGUAAUGAUAAUCUAUUUAUAACGAAGGGUAUCGUAAUGAUUUUGCGGACUAGAUUCAGAAGAGACCAAUUUAAUAUUUGGUUCCUCGCUUUGUUUUAGAGGGGAAAAAGAUAGAUCACUUGGUGCAAGAAAAUGAGGGAGGACGAAAAUUGGCCAAUCAGAUAGUUCGGCAAGUAUUCCGACCGCGUGGAAAUAAGGAGGAAAAACUUGCGUCUGGCCACAGAGUGAGUGUUUUUCAGGCCCACAUUCUUAUGUUAAUUAAACAGGAAGUUUCCCUACCAUAUACUAUGGAUCCUGCUCCAUCAGGAUACACCUUUUUAACCUUUUUAAUUUGCAUUUUAACCUUUUCCCUCGAACACAAAUUUAAAUGUACGAUUGAGAAAAUCUUUCAAGAAACGUUGUGCUGUAGUUUCCAUGUUCCCUUGAAAAAAAACGGACUUGUUUUGUAGUGACAUAGAAAAGCUGAUCUGAAAUGCUGCUCCAGGAAGUACAAAAAAAGUCAACAAAACUCGCUCUCAAUGCGCGAUACGAAAAGUAAUGGGAGGGUUAUAGCUUGAAUAAAACCCCUUCUAGCUUGCUGGUAUGUCGGCUGACAAUGUCACUGGUUGAGAGAUUGUCUUUAAGUUUUCAAAUUUCUACUUGAAGCUUUGGUUCUUGGCCAAAUGUUCAUUCUUGGACAAUGUCUCAGCCGUAGACAUUUUCAGGUGACAUACCAGCCGCCUGAAGGGGUCCAUCGUGUUACUGAAGUUUUGUUUGAUUGUCAUUUAAAGGCGUGGUAUGAUUCGCCGGGAAUUGCUGUCGAUGGCUGUCUCCUAACUUACGUGGGACCAGAUGUCUGCGACAUAUGCAAAAGUGGAAAUCGUAAGAACAUUCACAGUGCCAAGUUCAAGUCUCCCUUUACACCAGAGACACCAAGAUUUGAGGUGUGCUUUCGAUUUAUAGAAAAUUAUUUGCGAACAAAAAAUUUAAUUCAUAUACUUCCUGCUUCAUGAUAGAUUCUCUGAAGAUGCAACAUAAUUACAUUGUCUUUUUACCCUCUUCUCUUAAAUAACCUCCCUCUUGUAGGCGCUGGUAUUCUUUUCUAUUUUGUAGCUCUACAGGUACUAAUUUUUCUAAGAAUGAACUUAACGGUGCCUCCAUAAUAGAAAGACCAGACCGGUUCCUGAAAAACAUCUUUAUGUUCCUCUUGUGGUAUCCUAUUUUCACCUUUGCUUUCAUGGUAACGUGUCAACAUGGAUCAAGUUUGGGCACUUAACCCUGUAACACCUAAGAGCGACUAUGAUGCCAAUGUCUCCACACUUUAUUAUCCCUGAGUCGAACAUUAGGGUCACUUGGAUAAAGUAAAUGAUCACCAACCGAAACAGCUCUUCAUUGUUUAAAUAAUUCUUCCUUGUCAGCACAAUUGUAUAGAGAACAGCAUGGAGAAUAUUCAUAAUUAUGUUAGGGUAUGAAAGGUUAAGGGGAGGUUAGGGGAGGGGAGGGGGGGGGAGGGGAGGGUAAUGGGCUAGAAAUUGAAUCUAUAAAUGGUAUGGUUUCAUCAGUAAUCUGCCAACAUAUCAUACCUCGGCACACUCCUCCAGCUACAAUUAAUCGAGGGAUUGUUCCUGUGACCAAAUUGAAAGCAUGUGGAGAGGGAGCUCUCUCUACGGCAGCUAUCAGGCUCUAGAAUCAAAAGAAGAACUUUGUCGUAUCCAGUGUUAAAAAGACCACAAAAAUUUUGUUCAAGUCUGUGUAAUUUUAAUAUUUGCGAACAUUUACAACUUUCUACCAAAAUUCAGUGCCCUGAUUGCUCUUAAUUAAGGUACGAACAGGGAAAUAGCGUGUCGAUCUAAUUUUUAGAAUUCUAUAUCAGGCAUAUCUGUAUUCCAUAAUUGUGAACAUUAGAGUUUAUACUUUACACCUGUGAUCAUGGCUGCCCUAAAUUUUCGUACUUUUCUUCUUCAAAGUUGAGACGUUUGAUUUCCACACGUUUUAGAUGUGCCAUCGUGACAGAGACCGUUUUAGUAGAGUAACAAACGAAGACAUUCAGGAGGAAAUUGGAGACCUGCGACGUGAUUUUCAGAAUCAACUUACCGAGCAAAGGAGGAUGUUGUCAGAAAUGAGAAAUUUAGUACUGCGUUUGAAGGAAGUAAAGGAUGAAGAUGAACAAGAAGAAGAUACUAAGAAACUGGCGGGUGACUUAAGUUAAAUCCACAAGUGAUGGCUUACGCGCAGUUUGAUGGAUCGGAUCAAUGGAUGGAUGAAAAUAAAGAAGAUUUUCAUUACCUUAGUAGUCGUUCAAGAACAUUCAUUUAGUUUAAACGCAAUGUAAAUCGUAUGCAAUCACUCUUUUUGAUGAGUGAAAAAGAUGCAAACUGUAUUUCUAUAGCUGUAAUAUUUCUUGUUGAAUUAAAAUUGUAGUCUGCUUACUUACAAAGAUUGUAGGAGUUAUGAAAACCAUUCACUACCAUCUAUAAGUUACGUUUGCUUAAUCAUAUAGCUCCUAGUCAAUAACCAUAGUCUCCCCAUCAACUGUUAUAUAUGUUCCUGCAAAUUAUUUGGGAGAAUGUAGAGUUAAAUCAAGGUAUCACUUUGCUUGUGAGUUAAUCUGUUAUCUGUUUGCUGAGGAACAAAUAAAUAUCAUAGAAAGAAAAGUAUUUCUGCUAAUCUUUUCACAUUGCACUGUUUUCUUUCGUUAAGUGUCAUCAUUUUAAGAUGACACAGAACGCAUUCAGAUCAGUUUGCAGAAGUUACAAAUAUUCUACUGAACAACCAUAUAUAGGUUUGUUUCGGAAUUUAUAAUACUUGUACACAUUCAAUCAAUGCGUGAAUGUAAAUACUGUUGAUAGGCGAUAGAUUAGUCGUUCGAUCAAACUGCCUUGAAGCGUGCUCACUCGGGAAAUAUCCUAUUAAGAGAAAGCUAAAUUGUUCGGUAUUUGUCUCGAGCGUAGGAAAAACUCACGACGUAAUAGGGGGCACUAUAAGACAAGGGGGCACUAUAAGACACAGCCAAUCAAAAUACGGUCAAAUGAAUUCAAUAUAUAUCGAUAAUGUCAAAAUGAUUACUGCAAGGACUGAUAAUGUACGAAAAUAUAAUGAUUCCAUCAUUCGAGUGGUCAAUACCAAUGGUUUUCAUACCAGUUUUCCUCAGGUGUAACAACGACAGGAUGAGGAAGUUAAGAGACAUAUAUAUCAACCGUCCUCACAGCCUCUUACGCAUAUAUUGUCUUCCCGUGCCUUUCUUAAUAUUCCACUAGUCUUGGAGGUGUCGAAUAUAGAUAGCGGCAGAAAAUUUUUUGUUUUAAUAUUUCUAGUACACGUGAGCGCGAGGCGAGUCGAAAGGGCGAGUCAUAAGCGAGGUGGGAACGUUACAUCUGUGCAACUAAUUUGUAUGUGAUCCCGGUGAACAAAAUGAUUCCCAAGUUUGCACUGCAUUAGAGUCCGGACAUAAAUUUAAAAAUAUCCUAUUGGAGGAUAGCAAACGACACCUAAACAUAUUUCAACGCCAAAUUUGGCCUCUCUAUGGCUCGCUGGUCUGCUGCCGUUAAUAUUUCUUAACGAAACUUUUAACCUUUCACUAUGAGAUUUUUUUGAAAUCUUGGUACCUUUGUUUUUAAAUCCAUUCCCGCUUUAAUGCCAAAUUAGUCAAAACAUAUCUCACUUUCAGACCAUUCAGUUUAAUUAUGUCUCUUAGAGAAGACAAACUGGCCGCGGAAUUUGGGGUCAGCCAGGUUCUUGCGGUAUCUGAUCUCGCUCUUUCCCAUAGAACGGGGAAACACCUCAGUCCGCGCCAACAUCUUUUUUUUUCUCAUUGUUUUCUUUUUUCACUCCCGCAACGGACUUUGCCAAAACGUAGGUACUUCUCGUAAUCAGGAGCAAGAGAUUUUCAUAAUCUCUCGGUCAGGAGACAUGUUAUUACUUACGCAGGUAUUGUAUCCUCACCCUCCCUCACCCAGGUUGUUUGGUUCUUAAAGGAAUGGAGAGAAGACUGGGUUCAAGUCACCAUCGUGACCACGUCGCGCAUGCAAAAAGUAUGGCUGCAGGAAGGAACACCUUUCUUUGGCAUGAAAAUUCGUGACAAAAUGCCCCUUCUGCAUCACUUGGCUAUUAAAUCACCUUUAUCAAUAUAUGGCUCCUUCCGCUGAAUAACAUGGGAAUGUUUACAGAGGCUUAAGAACACAAAAACGGCGAAUGUUUAUGUUCACGCACUCACCGCUGGCGAACACAGAAACAUCUGAAAGUCGUCCAGGCAUCAAGGUAUUUCUUGAGGCUGUUCUGCUUUGCACGGUGUUUUCUAUUUCAUUUUAAUUCUUAAGAAGUUUCUCCUGUUCAAUUUAUUUUUAGGCGUGGUAAGGAACGGUUUAAUUCAUUUUAAAUUGUUUUAGUACCUGAACGCGGUAAAUUUAAAUAUUUUCUUGAGAGCUCUGCACUCAAAUGAAGUUAAAUAGCUGCAUCUGUUGUAGAAAGCGUAGAUAGCUGUAUGCUGUAUCUGCGGUAUACUAUCCAUUGUAGACAGCCUACAAGCUGGGGUGAAUCUAGUGAAAGAGAAUGUCAAUAGAUGUAUCCAUUUCAUAGCAGAUAGUUGUAUGUAGGUAGUGUGGACUCUGCUGAUUUAACAAUCGGUUUAUGCUUAGUGAAGAUUUAUCAAGAUAUGGAUGCAAACUGAAAGUUUGGAGAACAGGAGAGAAGCAUUAGAGUUGCUUGAGGCAAACUUAAGAGCAUCUCUAACCUUCAGAGUGCUCUCCAAACUUCCCAAUUACAUCCAUAUCUUGAUAUAUGUGCAUAGCAUGAACCAAUUGUUCUAUAGCACAGAUGAAACAGAGUGUGCAUGAAAAAAGAGAUUUAUUACAAUUGUUUUGGGUUUACUAGAGUGCAUUGAAGUGGACCACUAAGUAACUGAUGUUUGCACUUUUGUAAAAGAAAAAGAACAUUUACUUCCAAAAGAUUCCUAUGAAAAUCUCAUUCAAUGGAUAGCAAAAAAACCUUCCAAUUUAUCUGAAAUAAACUCAGACACAUAAAUUUUAUGGUCUAUUGCCAUUGAUGUCUGAGUAAUUGUUGGCAAAUUUAAACUGCUGUGGUGCUGCUUUAGUCUCCUCCACAGCCUAACCAAAGAUAUUUUGCCAUCUCCACUCUUUGAGUGGGUGAAAAGGUAUUGAAUGAAGAAAAAAAUAUAUUUUGAAAGCUUUCAUGCAGGCAUACCAACAAGGGCUCCUUAAUCAGUACUUUCAAUGAGACCUGGCACCCGCUAGAGCUCUGGCGAAUAUUCUGGUGUUAAUUACCAGGUAUACUUUGGAAGCUUUCAAGCAAACUCACAAAGUGAGACCUAAAACACCUCCAGAUCUUCAUGAGUUCUUUCAGUUGACUUUUAACUUUCUGAAUGGGUUUUGAUAAAAAUAUUGAUAUUGUUUUAUCAUAUAUUCUGGCAUACAUUUCAUACAUCUCUAGCCAAAAAAAGAUUUUGAGUUUCCAAGAACAUAUUAACUCAAAUUUUGCUAACCAAUUACUACAUGUCCUUUCAGAGGACUUUUUAUGUGAAACUCAGGGAGCAAGCUUGUAUGCCAGCAAAUGGAAGAUUUUGAUCAGAAUUAAAAUGAUCAGUUUAACAAUUGUUACAAAGGAGAUGAAUAUUUAAUGAUCAUAUAUGGAAGUUUAACAUUGAAAACUCUGUUUGAAGCCAGUUUUGUCUGAAUGGAAGUAAUGGGAUUGCAAGAAGGAAAUUGUUUUUAUAUUUCUCUCUGGUAGGUGCUUUACCAAGGUGGCCAUCUUCUUCAAAUCUUAUUUAAAGCAAUUCUUAAUUGGUUGUUGCCUACCUUGUUUAUAGGGAAUUGACACAUGAGGGGGUGAAGUCCUGGGUAGCUAAAAGUGAAUUAAAAUUGUGUUGGGUUUACCAGCUUAUCGACUAACUUUCAGCUAAGUCAACUAACUUUGACUUCUUGACUGACUUACGAACUGACUACAUGACUAACACCAAAUGAUAACACCUAUCAACUUUGUUUGCCAACUGUUUCCCAGAAAUGGAAAAUUGUUAUUGGAUCGUUAUCAAACUUUUUGUGUAAACUGAUGUUGCAAGGAAAACAUUAAAAAUAUGUUGUUUUUUUUCAGGGUGUAUGCCAACCUUCAACCAUGUUUAUUGAUGAUUUCUUUACUGUGAAUUCCAGUCAUUGGCUGACACAGGUAAACAAGAUCCUGGUAAACAAAGUUUUGGUUUGUUUGUAGUUUACCUUAGAUGUGAAGUGCAUAGGAAGAUGGGAAAUUUUUUUCUUAUGCUUUUUCUUAUUCCUAAAUGCAUAGAACAUAUAUUUAGAAACAGUCUUAACCAGCUCUCUCCUUCCCUGCUUAAUAAAAAAUUUCCAAAUAAAGUAUGCACAUAUUAUAGUUGAACCCAAAUCAAUUUUUCACCUUUCAAAUGGUUCAAAGGAUCUCUAAAAAGGUUGUUUAAAUUAAACACAAACAUAAACACACUGUAACUGCAUUUUAAUACCCAGAUUAGAGCAAAACACUUUUUAACUGAUAAUUUCUUUGUUUCCUACCUAAGAUAGAAAGAUACUCUUCCUGUUAUAUCUUGGCACUUGUGGUAGUGCAGGUAAUUUCAUGAGAUAAGUAGACUUAUACAAAAUAAAAUACAGUGUUGUUAAGUCCAAGAAAAAGACCUAAAAAAUAUACAGGAUAAAACUGUUUUGGAUACUGGACUGUCUUUAAGUGCUGAUGAGGUGUUUGACUUUGUACAAAUGAUGGAAGACAUAAAGCUGGCCACUCAAGAGGUUGGUGUCACCCCAAAAAAAUCUCUUCCUUAGUCUUGAUCUGUGAUGCAAAGACUUGGACCUCAAAAAAGAGGAUAAAACUGUUUUGGACAAUGGACUACCUCUAAGCGCUGAUGAGGUGUUUGACUUUGUACAAGAGAUGGGAAACAUAAAGCUGAUCCUUCAAGGGAUUGGUGUUACCCAAAACAUCUCUUUCUUAGUCUUGAACUGUGAUGCAAAGACUUGGUCCCCCCCAAAAAGGAUAAAACUGUUUUGGAUAAUGAACUGUCUUUAUGCACUGAUCAGGCGUUUGACUUUGUACAAGAGAUGGGAGACAUAAAGCUGGCCCCUCAAGAGGCUGGUGUCACCCAAAAGAUCUCUUCCCUAGUCUUGAACGGUAAUGCAAAGACUAGGUUUCCCCAAAAAGAGGAUAAAAGUGUUUUGGACAAUGGACUGUCUUUAUGCACUGAUUGGGUGUUUGACUUUGUGCACGUGAUGGGAGAGAUAAAGCUGACCCUUCAAGGUGUUGGUGUCACCCAAAAAAAAUCUCUUCCUUAGUCUUGAUUUGUGAUUCAAAGACUUAGUCCCCCAAUCAUAGCGCACGUAUGAAGCGAGAGAUAUGAUAUGCACAUUUAUUCGUGGACAGCAUUUUACUCAGCUGUACGUCUUGUCUCUCGACGAUUUCUUGAUUCAGGCGCAAUCCUCUCUCAAACAAUUAGUUAUAGAAGUAUUCUUCGUUUUAAAAAGCACCAUGUGAAGUGCACAAAUAACAAGAGAAAUCUUUGCACUACUGAAAAGCAACGCGCCAAGUGCACAAACAACAAAGGUGUUCCUCGUUCUAAAAAGCAACGCGUGAAGUACGGCGAAUUAAUCAGCGAAUUGGACAACCCUUACAGUCGGUGAGAGUUAGAAAAACCCAUUUUUACAUUCAGUUUUGUCGUCAUUUUUAUAGGAACGAUGGACCACCUUAUUCGUCGGACAUAAAACUCGAUUCCAAUCCUCUAAUAUCUAACUACUAGGGACCUACCCUUGGGUUACUUUUUUUUUCCAACUAAUUCCUUUUAGUGAAUUGCAUCUGUUAAAACUGAUAUAAGUCAAGGAGCAUCGUCGUCACGUUUUGAAUCGUGUUUUAUAAAAUAAUUCAAAUAGUACGCGUGCUCUGAUUGGCCAUAAAACCAUUUUACAUGAACGUAUGUAAACACGGUUUUCGUUUCUCUUUCAUUAGUUAUUUUAUAAAAGAAAUGUAAAAUGGUUUCCGAUUAGUAAGCAAAUUAUAACCGUGUGCCUGUUCUCUUUUAGCUACCGUAACGUACAAAAGAAAGUCAAGGGAGGCGAGAAUACUUUUUUUCUGGUUAGUGUAGCUAUGUUGUACAUUGAAGUGAAAACUUGUGAAAUAGUCACGGACAAAUCAAAAAGGAAAGGCUUAAAAUGCAGAAAGGCAAAUGUUGGAAAAGAUCCCUUAGGGUCUUGAAUCUCGGGUUGGAAUCAUAGGGAUGUUUCUGAGGGAGCAAAUAAGUAAAUCAAGAAAUUAAAAUUCUGCAAGUUUUUGGCUUUAGCUAUCUUCUCUAGGAUGACAGUAAGUAUUGUGCACUCACUGAGAAAUAGAUCUUAACGUUUACUACUCCAGUGAUUGAGCUUGUCAUGCAAAAUAUAGGAAAUCUAUAAUUACAAGACAUUGCAUUAUUAACUGUUGAUUACCUGACCAUCUUCAACACAAAUAAUAUCGCAUUCUUGUACGUCUUGUGCAUCACUUGUGCUUGUAGUUGUGGUUGUACUGGUAAUUCUGGUAAUUGUACUUGUACUUUCACUUGGAUAAGGGAAGUAACUUGAGACAUCAACCUGAGGUAACUAGCAAUGAAUUCAUUUGCAUUACACUUCAGCACAUACACUAUAAAAUUGUAGUGGUAUACCAAAAAUCACACAAGCAAACAAACAAAGCCAGCUGAGCAAAUGAUUAACAUCAAAUGAAAAGAGGUAAGGGCAAGAUUCAUUCAGAAUAUUACUGGGAAUAAAAUAAGCGCAUUAGAUCAUAUACCCAUGAAUUUUGCGCUAUAUAGAUAAUAAAGUCAUUAAAUAAGGCAGUCAGGCAAGCGGGUUAAAAGAUAGAAAAAGAAUUAACGAUGCAUAGCUACUGAACCAAAGCAAAUAUACUGAUAGAAAUUGAUCAAGAGCAAAUAUUCUCUGAUUAUAGUAUAUACCUUGCUUGGAGCUAAAGUCAGGGCACUUUUUGAAGACCUUUGUCCAACACUAUCAUCAGAUUCUUCAACUGACUGACCUUCAGACUGAUCUGAGGAAUCAACGCCAUCCGCAACGUAACUCAGGUAGUCAAUGUUACUGCAGAGAUAAAAACUUACUCGGGAGUAUGGUUUCCCGAGUUCUUCUUUUUAUUUCCCAAGAGUAAACUCGAGAUCCUUUUGCCAUGAAAUCUCUUAGUACUUCUGACUUGUCGGGAUAGAGGAGCUUGUAUCCUAACGCUUUGUCGCUCUUGAUUAAACUGGAAUUGAAGCGAUUUUGCUUCGCCACUGCUUUAGCUUUUAGUACCUCAGAAGUCGCGUUGGAAAGUACUUUCAAAGGUAAACUGCUUCCUCUCCUUGUCGCUGGCUCUCCAUCUUUCCAGAUCAUCUCCCCAGUCUGUAUUAUAACUUCACUUGCUUCAGUAUUUUUUGGAGCUCGGGGCAUUUCCUUAGCCUUCUCACAAAACUUCGAACCACGUUCCUCUGCUUUCCGCUUUCUAAAGUCUUCAUAGGAAUAACAGAAGUUGGCGGUGCUGGAAAGAACCUCGGCAGCGCAAUGGGUACAAAACAUCUCCCCUUAGGUUGGUCAUCUCAGCAUCGCUAUACCCACCAUUUUGAGCCAUUCUGAGCCAUUCUGAGCCACUCUGAGCCACUCUGAGCCACUCUGAGCCACUCUGAGCCACUCUGAACCACUCUGAGCCACUCUGAGCCACUCUGAGCCACUCUGAGCCACUCUGAGCCCUUCUGAGCCACGCGGAGCCACGCGGAGCCACUCACUCUUUUAGUGUUUAUUAUACAUAUUCAAGUGCCUCAUUUCACGUGAAAAAGGCAUGUAGGAAAACACUGAGCUUCGAGAAACAGCCAAGUUAAGGCUAAUGUGUUUACCAUGCUUAAAUAUUUAUAAUCAGGGCCACUUGUUUAGGAGACCUUUUUUCAAAAGAUCCAGACGUUAAAAUAAUUCUGUUUUCCGUUCGAAGUGUUUUUUUCCUAUUUAAUUUAACAAAUGAACUCGGUUUGAAAACUUAACUUUCGAACCGAACGGCAGGUGAAAUGUUGUGUUGGUGUCUCUGUCCCCCCCCUCCCCCACCACGUCUCUGCGAAAGGUAUAUGCCGACAACCUGCAUGGAAAAACUGACCACAGCAAUCGCACCAAAUUUUUAAAACAAAUAUUUAAAACUAGACUGGUGAGCAGUACUCCUUAUUCUCCGACGCGUUUCGUCUAACUGUCGUAGACUUCUUCGAGGUUUUUUACAAUUUAACACUAAACACCUGUAUUUAUAAGCCAUAGUUAGCGGCUAUAAGCGGGCCAGUGACCAUAAAGGCUUGGCCGAACCUACGAAUACGAAUAGGUGAAGUUGCGAAAAAUUUGAAAACUUUUUGGGGUAAGGCGGGAGAAUUCAUUUGGAGACCACGGUUUUGGUUUUUUUUUUUUGCUUUUAUUUGUCGGAGCUUUUACUAAUUUGCAGCAACAUUUGUUAAUUUUACGUAAUGUUUUAUUAUUUUUGCAUCAAUAUAUAUUUGUUUACAUCCACAUAUAUUUGUUUGCACCUAUAUGCAUUUGUUUGCAGCUGUCCCCUGUGGGCCACUGUUAAAACCUGUUUGGGGUGCGGUCUGAGAAACUAGGAUAGAUCGAGAAAUUCGAAGUGAACUACGUCUGGUGUUUUGAUUGCAAUUUGGAAAGCUUUGUUUGCUUAGUGGAUAAAGAUAAGGCAGAUGUAGUUUAGAAAAUGGUUUUGAUCUUUGAAAUUCAUAAAGAUUUCGUCCAUGAAAGAUUAUGCAAAUUUACGCCUGAAAUUGAAGCGAACCGUAAUUUGAGCUUUUGUUUACUUCAGUUUGGGUGAUGUUUAAAAGUAAAAGUCGGUCUUCUAAAAGCGACAACAUUGUUCACUGAAGGGAAAAGUUUCUUCGCUUUCUUUUCCAAUCAGGCAAUAUUCUAUCCCUGACCUCUUGUGGAUCACAGACGCGGCAAUUCCACUCCGCAUUCCAGCCGUCAAAGGAAACGAUCACGUAAUCAUCGUCUACUUCUUCAACAGUGCACACACACCAAACUCCUUCACCGACUGCUUCAGCUUUUAAGCCCACAGUUUGUGGAAGCGCCAUCACGUUUUUAGUCAACCGUGUGUUUAGCUCAUGCGAUCAAGACAGGUUUGCGAUCGACAAAGGCGGUCAACUUGUUUUAUAACAUAGCUAGUAAAUUUGUCUAAUCGAAUUAAAUUCCGCGAGCGUGCUUCAUAUUCCUAUUGUGCACGCUCAUGAUGUCAGCAAACAAAUGCCUCGAGAAAAAUAUUUUCCAUCGGGUUGAAAAUGUUAUAAAACAAUUGGUUCAUACUUCAGCUGUGCGUUCAUCGAGAUAUGAAGCACGCGGGAAGUUUGGCGGGCACGAAAGAUGCAUAAUAGUUGCUCGAGGCGGAGAGCAACUCUUGCUUCUUCUUCAACCCAAGCAGAAUGUAUAUUUGUUUUUUUCAAUGUCACUAAAACGACUAUCGUUGAUCCUAGAGGAACACAGAGGAAAUCUUAAGAGUGUUGUGACUACAAUAGGAAUAAACAAGACAACAUACAAGUAAAAUUAUCAUUUUUCCUGUGCCAUAUAAUCUUUUUUCACCCGGAAGUCUUACUGCGUUUACAGAAGUUUGAAACUUGUGCCACGCAACUUCCUGCAUGGAAGCCUUUAAUUUUUUGGCUGGAAAGUGUCAUUUACUUACUAUAGCAGGUAAUUUAGUGUUAACAACUGAGUUGAAAACGUAAAUUAACCACCGUUAAGGGUAAAAAAGCUGACGUUUCGAGUGUUAGCCCUUCGUCAGAGUGAUUGGUGGAAUUGUGGGUUGUGUGUGGUUUUAUAUGCAGAAAGUGGAGCUACGCCAUUGGUGGGAAUAUGUUGACGAGAAAACAGGAAUAAAUUUGUUGAAUGAAAAGCGCUCGUUGAUUCCGUGGGGUUAAGGGUGCCGAUUUGGAAGAUGAAUUUUUGUUCUAGUGUUUUACGGCUUUCCGAACUGCCUAGAAGUAAGGAAAGGCCGCAAACUGCCGUAUGUUGUUUAGAAUGAUUAGGAAGAUUAAAGCGUCUAGUGACUGGUUUGGCUGCGUCCUUGUCAUUUCUUUCCACGUCGCGAAGCUGUUCUCGGAAUCGGUCACCUGGUCGUCUUCCUGUUUCGCCGAUGUAUAACUUAUUGCAAUAAGUGCAAAUUAUGCAGUAAAUAACAUAGGCGGAGGUACAAGUAAAGUGAUCAGUGAUCUUAAUGGAUCUCUUAGGUCCCGAUAUUUUCUUUACGUUAUGAAUGUUCGCGAAUUGUCCCUAUAAAAAAGAAGAGGCAGGCCCGCAGAGAUUUUUACAUAUUUAUAAACUAGAUUAUUAUAACCAGCUAGGUGGGCAGUUUCAGUUCCAGAAUCUGGGUACUUUUGGAGAAAUUCAGAUAAACGUUUUCCCUGUUUUACCCGACAACAAAAUUGACCGAAACUGUACCGAGAUGAAUAAUCUACUGGUGUGUUCACAUUCACUCCCAGGAAAAUUGAAUAACUCAACGUGAAGACGAAUGAUGUUACUAUGUAUAGUAGAAGUGCCAAUUUAUAAUGUUGUAUUUAGCUUCAGAGAGAGAGAUAAACAUUUCACUCUUUUUUUGCGACGUUUUUGUAAGAAAAUGAGGCCCCAGGCCUCGAACAAACAGCCGUUGUUACCAUGGCAACAAGAGUGCUGCGACCUUUAAAAGGGCAUUUUUGUGCAUCCCCUGAGUGCCUAACUGCAUGCAAAAUUUGAAGGGGGGUUGAAAAUUUUCAUUUCCUAAGAUGUUUGAUUCUUACAGAGACUUGUUCUUAAUCCUGCAACACCUAAGAGUGACUGACAUGUAAUUUCUCCACACAUUAGACUCAUCCCUGAGUCAAACAUUAGGGUCACAAGGAUAUCGUAAAUGAUCACCAACUGAAAAAGCUCUUCAUUGUUUAAAUAAUUCUUCCUUGUCGGCACAAUUGUAUAGUGAACAGCAUGGAAAAUAUUCAUAAUUAUGUUAGGGUAUGAAAGAUUAAGUCAAGUUAUUCGAACUUUGAUGGCCACCUUUGAAUAGUGCGAUGGUGCUAUCAUUCAGCCGAAAUUCCUUUUGGAUUAAACGUUUACAUUUAUAUUACUAUUAUUAUUACUAUUAUUAUUAUUUAUAUUAGUGCUAUUGCUUUGUAAUCAUCAUCAUUACUGCAGUUGUUAUCAUAGCUGCUUUUGUUGUUUCGGAUGUUGAUUGUUUAUAUUGUGGCUAACACCGUCUUUAUCAUCGUUAUUAUUUAUUUUGGUCAAAGUAACUAGUAUUCCCUCGGUCUCAUGAGCAAAAAACUCAUUUGCAUACUGAAACAAAAAUUAAAAGCAUGGAACUUACGGCAACCGUAACAACAGAGUCUAAAAAACGAAAGUCCGUCAUUGUUUUGCAGGUACUUAUUCAGGAGACUGGGGAAAGGCGUAUUGCUGCUCUGGGUGCUGUGCAUGAGUCGUACGACUGUCAUAAAAUGCCUGGCUGGGAUAGUGGAACAGUCGGUUACCACAUAGACGAGGGCAAAAUAUUUGAAACUGGCUUCCAUAAGCAGGGAAGAGAAGUCGAAGAUAUGGGUUACUUUGACGGUAGGUUUACGAUAUUUGCCACAAGAAUUUGUUAGCGCGUGGAAACAUAAUCAAAGUCUUACCGUCCUUCUGAGGGCGACCUUGCGACAGUUGGUUUCUGUUUUCCAAAAGAAAAAGAUUCAGAAAUUUUAGUUUGUAAACGUUAUAGAGAUCACUUUAAAAUUGUCAUAGACUCCGAGAGAUGAUUAUUCUGACAUGCAUGAGGUAAAUGGGAAAUGUAUUGUAGUUGUGUGACCAAGAUAGAAUGUUGAACGAAGUUGCUUUAAAAUCCAUGUGCCUGGAGUGUGAAACUGAAAAAACCCUGAAUCCUUCGAUCGUGGGGGAGGUUCUAACCCUCACCUUCUGCUUGCCGAUCAAAUGGUCUACAGAUUCAUAUCAGCAAAUGCUUGACGCUGCUAGGAUCAUUUAUAUCGUCAACAUUCCUUGUAUAAAUACAGUAAGGGAGAUUGAACUUUUUUUCGAAUGAACGAAGAGGCAGGUCAUUAAUCAAGACCGAACAACAAGGGAAAAAAAUAAAAUUUCACACCCGUGUGUAACACGGUUGGUUGCCUCAAGUUUGGCUUAUUUUGUUAUCUUUUCUCUAUGUAAUUGAUAACUUAGGAGCCAUGGCUUACCGCGGCGAUCUCAUCGCCUGUGAAGUUGAUUUUAGGGGAGUUCCCGAAGGAAAAGUCUCUGUGUUGUUCUUCUUGAAUGGUAUAGAAAUACGCGUUCUUCAGUGCAGUAUACCGAGGGAAAUAAACUAUUUCCUUUCGUUUCAUUGGGAUUUGAAGGCAUUACAGUGCUCACCAAGGUAUGUUCAA